AUGCAACUCAUUCGAAACCUUCUCAGCAACGUUUGCUGUCCUAGCUUUAGCGCUCAACAGAAGUCUUUGAAAAAACAUCUGAAGAACAAUGGUGAACCUCAAAAUCACAUCGGCAAUACCUUUUACCAAGCAAAGAGGCCUCCUCAACUGUCACCACCUCCUUCACCACCACCACCCCCAAACUGCCAUCAAACCUCCAUCACCCCUCUGGAACGCCUACUCCUUCUCUCCCUGACUACCGCCCUCUACCUGAACAGCCUUCCAGCGGACUUUGCCUACGACGACACCCGGGCAAUCACCGCCAACGAUGACCUCCGCCCGGAGACGCCCUGGUCGGCGCUGCUGCUGCACGACUACUGGGGCACGCCCAUCGGCAGCUCUAACUCACAUGGCAGCUAUCGCCCGGUGACGGUGGCCACCUUCCGUCUGAACUACCUUCUUCACGGCCUGCGCCCACUCGGCUACCACCUGGGCAAUCUGCUGCUGCACGGCCUCGUCACCGCCCUCUACACCACAGUCCUCCAGGCGGCGGCCGUCCACCGGAGGGUGACCCUCCUCAGCGGCCUCCUCUUUGCGGCUCAUCCCAUUCACGUGGAGGCGGUCAGUAGUGUGGUGGGAAGGGCGGAUCUGCUGGCGGGCGCCUUCUACCUCGCCUCCCUCAACGCCUAUGUUCGAUUUGUGAAUCAUGCUCCUACGAACAACAACUUCACAACAACCGCCUUCACAGCUGCACAACUUUCUUCAAAACAAAAGAACACUCAACAGACAACACCAACUCCCAAAGUUCAGCCCAGUCAUUAUCAUUCCCCACUCUCCUCAGCCAGCAGCACAGUUCUCUGUCGCCUGGACUGUCUCUCCUUUUCCCUUGCAUUGACCAUCAUUCCCUUUCUCCCGGCGAGUAAUCUCUUCUUUUACGUCGGCUUCGUCAUUGCCGAGCGCAUCCUCUACAUCCCCUCCUUUGGCUACUGCCUCCUGCUGGCGGUGGGUACCCGAUUUACUGUGGCAAAUCGCCGCCAAAGUAAUAACUCAAAAACAGCCGCUAUCAUCUACGCCUCCACGACGGUCCUCCUGGUGGCCUUCAGCUUGAGAACAGUGCUGCGCAACGUCGACUGGCUGACCGAAGAGAACCUCUACCGAUCGGGCGUGGCGGUUAAUCCGCCUAAAGCACUCGGCAACCUCGGCAACAUCCUCAAGGCGCAGGGACGGAUCGAAGAGGCGGAGGCCGCCUACCGAGCGGCCCUUCGCCACCGACCGAACAUGGCCGACGUCCACUACAACCUCGGCCUUCUGCUGCAGGAGUCACCAGGCGGAGAAGGAGGUGGAAAA